AUGGUAUAUCAACAAAAUCUUAAUAAAAUUGAAGCAGAUGGUAAUAAUCUUCUUGGUCAACCAGUGGAUGCUAAAGAUAAAGAGGAAGCUUUGUUAAAUAAUUCAUUUGAUCUUGAAGAAUGCUAUAUUGAUACUGAAUAUAUAUGGUUGGGAUUAUUAGAAAUUGUUUCAAAUCUCGAUGAUGUUAAAACAUUUUUAGAAUAUGCUAAAAAUAGUCAAAUUGAGACAACUGUUCAUAAUGAUAAUAAACUGUAUAUUGAUCCAUCCACACUAAACAAGGCACAAGCACAGAUUUAUGACUAUGUAAUUAUAUACUAUUCUAGAAUUCUUAAGGAAAAGUCAAUCAAUUCAAUAGAACCUUUAUAUGCUAUUGUUAUGGAUAUGGCUGGUACCAGCAAAUCAUAUGUUAUUAAAGCUAUUCGCAAUCAUAUUUUGGCAUUAGUACAAGAAUAUAGAAUUAAUUCAGAAGAGGAACCACUAAUAUUAGUUCUUGCACCAAUUAGCAUUGUGACUUUCAACAUAAAUAGUCAUACAAUUCACUCUGCACUUCAAAUAUCUAUAAAUUUUAAUAAUAUAGAACUUACCUUUUACAAAAAUAAAGACAUGCUAUUUGAAGGAUGUUCUGUGUUGUUUUUUGGUGAUUUCAGUCAACUACCACCUGUUAUGGACCUUCCAAUAUAUGUGUUAGAUUCAAGACUACAUGAUCAUAUUUUAGAAGCAGGUUGUAAGAUCUAUGCUGAAUUUAAUAAGGCAUUUAAAUUAGAGACAAUACAAGUUUACACAUUAGUGUUACCAACAGAAUAUACUACAUUUAAAAAUGCUAUUCGACUAUUUACAAUUUGGGACCAUGUCGAUAAGUAUAAUAUUACUAAAUUAAAAAACCUUAAUCAACCUGUCACUAAAAUAAAAGCUGUUAAUAGUGGUACUGGUACUAGAAAUGUAUCUCCUGAUGCAACAAAUAGUCUUGAGCCUGUUCUAUUUCUGUCAAUUAGGGCUCAUAUAAUGCUUAUUUCUAAUCUCUGGACUAACCAAGGAUUAGUAAAUAGAGCAAUGAGUACAGUCAUUAAUAUUAUAUAUGAACUAGGAAGGUUACUGCUUUCAUUACCUACAGUCAUUUUGCUCAAAAUAGAUAACUAUGCAGGUCCAAUGUUAUCUGUAUUAAACAAUAAUCAGGAAUUUGCAACAGGUCUUACAUUUGUAGGUAUAUUAUGGGUUUAUACCCUUACCGAUAUUAUUUUUGAUAGUGUCUUUUCUUUUGACAGAUUACAAAAAUUAAGGCAAAGUGCACAUUUGCAACAAAGAUUAAUAAAAGAACAAAAAUUACUUUCUUUAUGA